AUGACUGCUCUCCGGAACCCAAAGGGAACAGCCAUUGCAUCGAGAAGGGGGAUGGAGAAAAUCAUCUACGACUUCUACUCUGAUCUCUUCGACAGCCAUGUCCACUUGCCUCCUCACCAUCUGAAGGAAGAUGGACAAGUCAUUCCAGAGGUUCUCCUGUCCGAAAUACGACAUGCUAUCAUGUCGGUAAGAAAUCGUACGGCACCCGGUCCCGACAGAAUAAGACCAGAACACCUGAAGAGCCUUCCGCCAGUAUUCAUCAACACCCUGGCGAGGCUCUUUACACGUUAUCUGUCGGAAUGCAAGGUUCCUAAACAGUGGAAGACCAGCAAGACCGUGUUGUUGUAUAAAAAGGGAGAUCCACAUGACAUCGGCAAUUAUCGCCCAAUCUGCCUACUGUCCGUCAUCUACAAGCUCUUUACAAGAGUAAUCCUUAAUAGGAUUGAAAAAGUCUUGGAUGAAGGACAGCCAUGCGAGUAA